AGAUGGAGGAAGCCAGUGGUGGAGGUGGGAAUGAUCGAGUGAGGAGCCUCCAGAGUGAGGUGGAGGGGGUGAAGAACAUCAUGACCCAAAAUGUGGAGCGAAUCCUGGCUCGGGGAGAAAACCUGGACCACCUUCGGAACAAGACGGAAGACCUGGAGGCCACAUCAGAACACUUCAAGACCACAUCACAGAAGGUGGCUCGGAAAUUCUGGUGGAAAAAUGUGAAGAUGAUCAUUCUCAUGUGCGUGAUCGUGGGCAUCAUCAUCGUCCUCAUCAUCCUCUUUGCCACCAACACAAUCUAG